UUACGUUCCUGAGCAUGCGCACAGAAGUUACCCUAGGUUUGGAGCUGUGUUAAACAGAACGGCCGUAGUUCCGAGUACAUUUCUCCUGACUUAAACGUCUCCGAGCUUCUGAAGCUGCUGCUAAGAUGUCGAAAAUCGAGUUGUUGAGGCUUCUGAUCAACCAGCGGCUCACCGAGGCCGCUGAGGAGAUCUUCGGAGUGUUUGGGAGAACCAUUGCGGAAUAUGAGGAGGAGAUCGCCCGCUCCAAACUGGAGAUUGACCGCCAGCGCCGCCUGCUGGACCUCUCCAGGAAGCCGCGGAUUUCUCUGCCUGCCUUUGUUCCAGACGUCUCGGAGCAACAGUGGAGCUCCAGUUUUGAUCAGAACGAGGAGACGCCUCACAUCAAAGAAGAGGAGGAAGAGGAUCUGUGGAUCGAACAACAAGAUAAGUUGUGUCAGACGUCCAAGGAGAACGUCAGUUCUGUGUUCCAGAGCAGUACGGGCAGAAAUCAGGGUGACAGAGUCUCCGAGUUCCAGAGCAUGAACCCUGGAGACCAAGAGGACUUGAAGUUUGAGGAACAGCCCGGCACCUCAGUCCAGCAGGUGUCCUCUGAGGACGAACAUGGAGCUUCUGAAGCAACGUUAGAAAACCUCCAGUUUGACUGCGAGGAUCUGGAAGCACCGCCGCUGCAGAUAGCUGACUCGUACGUGUGCACCAUCUGUGGCCGGGAGUUUUCCCAGCGUAACCAGUGGACUAAACAUAUGCUGGUGCACCGGAGAGCCGGCGCCAAGGCCGACAAGUCGUUCACGUGUGAUAUUUGCGGGAAGAAGCUGACGCGUUUUGAUGGAUACCAAAAACACUUACGGGUCCACACUGGCGAGAAGCCGUACUGCUGCAGCGUGUGUGGGCGCAGGUUCAGCGACAACUCCAACUACAAACGACACAUUCGCAGCCACAGGAAGGCCGGGGUUGUGGUGCCGAGCUCAGAAACCGCCACAGGCUCACCUCAGUGAGACACCUGAACAUAAACAUUUUAUCUUCUUGUUUUAACAAGAUGGACCUUCUAGCUAAACGAAUUUAACCCUUUGAUGCAUGAACUAUGAAAUCUUCAACCAUGAUUUUUUUCAUUCAUCUUUAGGUGUGAAUGAAACAAAUUUCAUAUUUACUUAUUUUUUGUGACAUUUAAUUUACCAGUGAUUAAUUAAAUGUCCAUCUCAGUGGACAGCGUGCAAUCUGAACAUGAAAUAUGUUGGCUUGCCUUACUGAAGUACAAAUGGAGGGGCUCAAACGCAAUAAAGUCUUCAACAGCUGUGCUUAAUAGCAAAAAUAAAUAAAUAACAAUUUUGAGUACCUGUCCACUGUAGUGACCAUUAUGCAUCAAAGGGUUAAAACAUGUUUCUACAUUUUAAAAGAACAAAUGUCUGUGUUUCAUGUCUCGAGUUUAUUGUUUUCAGCCACUCAGAGCACAAAGUUUUACACUUACUUUUGUAAAGAUAUGAUGACAUUUUCUUUUCAGAAAUGUCAACUCAGAAAAGGGCAGAAGAUGCUUUAAGAACUGUGAAAUAAACCAAGGUAAUGAAA